GAGAGAGAGAGAGAGAGAAUGGGAAGGAGGCCGUGUUGUGAUAAAGAAGGCGUAAACAGAGGAACCUGGUCUGUGAUGGAGGAUCAGAUCCUUGCCAACUUCAUUAAAGUCCACGGAGAAGGAAAAUGGAGGGACGUUCCAAGGCGAGCAGGGCUGAAUCGAUGUGGAAAGAGUUGCAGACUUCGAUGGAUGAACUAUCUUAGGCCAGAUAUCAAGAGAGGAAACUUUUCUGCAGAUGAAGAAGACCUCAUUAUCAGACUCCAUAAGCUCCUGGGCAACAGGUGGUCCUUAAUCGCGGGAAGAUUACCGGGACGAACAGACAAUGACAUCAAGAAUUUCUGGAACACCAAUUUGAGCAAGAGGGCCCAUUCGAUGGAUUAUUCCCACAACAACAAACCCUCAUCAGAUCCAAUAAUUAGAGCCACCAAAACUAUUCCGACCACGUCCCCCUCAACAGCCCCAACGUUAACAUCUGCUCAAUACACGAGAAACCCCCCCUUCAAUGCUUACUGUCCUGCAGAUUCUUCUUCCCACCUCAACCCUGUGAUUCGAGCAAAAGCAACCAGAUGCACCAAGAAAAUCAUCUUGCCCGAAUCCAAUGCGGCAGCAGAGUGGGAAACCCAGAAUAAUACGACUGCUUCUGCACUGGACACUGCACAAGAUCUUAUGAAUGGUUGCUUGUCUUCCUAUGGUUUCCUUGACGAUUUUGACGUUGAUGGCUUGCUCAUACCAGAGGUGCCACAAGUGCCUGAAAACAUUGAUGAUGACGAAGCAGCGAAUGAAUUUGAAUACUGUGACUGCGACAACCUUGGUGACAACAACGUUGGAGCUCAGGUCGGCGUGGUCGAUGAUUAUUCCAGAGGAGAUGAAGCCGAUCUUGCUCAGAAUUGGAUGGUAGGGCAAUUCUUUGAAUCUGCAGAUGAGGACAUGGAUUUCUCUUUUCUAAAUCUACUAAGUGAUGACUCAUUCAUGGACUCAGGUCCGUCAGGGUUCAGAUCAGAAUUUGCAUCAAUGUAUAGUCACGAGAAAGGUAGACACAGCAUAAUAUAGACUCGUCAUAUGUUAAAAGUG